AUGGCUUUAAUGGGUGAUCAGUUUGACAUUGCACAAAGAAAACCAGCGUAUGUACGCUUUCAAAACAACACCUGCUAUAGUAUUGAAGUAAAUUGGAUGAAUUUUCACAAUAAAGAACAAACCUACUGUAUUUUAGAUCCAAACAAAUUUGUAGAUGUAAACACAUUUUCUACACAUUCAUGGACUUUUAGAGAAUGUAUAUCAAAAAGUCGUAUGGUUGUUGCUGGAAGAGAAGUAUUCAUUGCGACACCUUGGGCUGAAGAACAUAAGCGUCUUGAAUUUAAACAUCCUAUCAAUGUACCAUUAAGAACAAGGGUUUUAAUUGAAAUGCCAGCUAUGGACUUACGACAACUAUGCCUGUUAAAAUUAGCUAGUAUAUUGAAAAAUAAAGAUGACAUAAUCACAUUGGAAAUACCUACAACACUUCAAAAGGAAUUAAUAGAAAUGAUAUCAAAUAAAGAAACUAGUAAAGUUAAAUUGACUAACUAA